ACACCUGCCGGGCGACUAGCACAACGGGGGCUCCUUUAAGGCCAGAGAAGGAGGAGUGGCCUUUAAGUACGCCCAGGCGAGGGGGAAGAUCUUUCAGGUGACGUAAGGCGGAGCAAUGGGCGUGGCCUCUCCAAGCCUGGCUGCCAGGAAAGGGGCGGAGCUCGAGAUGACGAAACACCGGGGAGGGGGCAGGGAUUCAUUGAUAAAAACGUCGGGCUGCCCCCCUGCCCGGGCGCGAUCGCAGCGUAGAGAAACCAGGCAGCGCCACGCGCGGCCGGGGCCGGGCGGAACCGAGAACCAGCUCGGCAGGCGCUGAGCCGCGCCGUCCGCAUGGAGCCCGCCGCCGGCUUCUUGUCUCCGCGUCCCUUCCCGCGCGCCGCUGCCCCGUCCGCGCCCCCCGCCGGCCCGGGGCCACCUGCCAGUGCCUCCCCGCGGUCGGAACCUGAGGUGCUGGCCGGGCCACGGGCGCCGGAUCCUGGUCGCCUCAUCACCGAUCCUCUCAGCGGCCGUACCUACACCAAGGGUCGCUUGUUGGGCAAGGGGGGCUUCGCUCGCUGCUAUGAAGCCACUGACACCGAGACUGGUAUAGCCUACGCGGUCAAAGUCAUCCCGCAGAGUCGCGUCGCCAAGCCGCAUCAGCGCGAGAAGAUCCUAAAUGAGAUAGAGUUGCACCGAGACCUGCAGCACCGCCAUAUCGUUCGCUUUUCACAUCAUUUCGAGGAUGCUGACAACAUAUACAUUUUCCUGGAGCUCUGUAGCCGAAAGUCCCUGGCCCACAUAUGGAAGGCCCGACACACCCUGUUGGAACCAGAGGUUCGCUACUACCUGCGCCAGAUCCUUUCUGGCCUCAAGUACUUGCACCAGAGGGGUAUCUUGCACAGAGAUCUCAAGCUGGGAAAUUUUUUCAUCACGGAUAACAUGGAACUGAAGGUGGGGGAUUUUGGGCUGGCAGCUCGAUUAGAGCCCCCAGAGCAGAGGAAAAAGACCAUCUGUGGCACUCCCAACUACGUGGCCCCAGAAGUGCUGCUGAGACAGGGCCAUGGCCCCGAGGCAGAUGUGUGGUCGCUUGGUUGUGUCAUGUACACGCUCCUGUGUGGGAGCCCCCCAUUUGAGACUGCUGACCUGAAGGAAACAUACCGCUGCAUCAAGCAGGUUCAUUACACGCUACCCGCCAGCCUCUCGCUGCCUGCCCGGCAGCUCCUGGCUGCCAUCCUCCGAGCUUCACCCAGAGACCGUCCUUCCAUUGAACAGAUCCUACGCCAUGACUUCUUUACGAAGGGCUACACCCCUGACCGGCUCCCGGUCAGCAGCUGUGUGACAGUCCCAGAUCUGACACCCCCCAACCCUGCGAGGAGUCUGUUUGCCAAAGUUACCAAGAGCCUGUUUGGCAGGAAAAAGAACAAGAAUAAGAACCAUUCUGAGGACCAGGAUAAUGUCUCCUGCUUGGUGAGCGGCCUCAUGCGCACAUCCAUCGGUCAUCCAGAUGUCAGGCCGGAGGCUCCGGUAGUUCCAGGCCUGGCCCCUGCCAGCUUGGUAGAGACGGCUGCCGAGGACAGCUCGCCCCGUGGGACACUGGCCAGCAGUGGAGAUGGGUUUGAAGAAGGUUUGACUGUGGCCACAGUGGUGGAGUCUGCCCUCUGUGCACUGAGAAACUGUGUGGCCUUCAUGCCCCCAGCCGAACAGAACCCAGCCCCGCUGGCACAGCCAGAGCCUCUGGUGUGGGUCAGCAAGUGGGUUGACUACUCCAACAAGUUUGGCUUUGGCUAUCAGCUGUCCAGCCGCCGUGUAGCUGUGCUCUUCAAUGAUGGCACCCACAUGGCCCUGUCAGCCAAUAGGAAGACGGUGCACUACAACCCUACCAGCACGAAGCACUUCUCCUUCUCAGUGGGUUCUGUGCCCCGAGCUCUGCAGCCUCAGCUGGGCAUCCUGCGGUAUUUCGCGUCCUACAUGGAACAACAUCUCAUGAAGGGUGGAGAUCUGCCCAGUGUGGAAGAGGUAGAGAUGCCUGCCCCACCCUUGCUGCUGCAGUGGGUCAAGACUGAUCAGGCCCUCCUCAUGCUGUUCAGUGAUGGCACUGUCCAGGUGAACUUCUACGGGGACCACACGAAACUGAUCCUCAGUGGCUGGGAGCCUCUCCUUGUGACCUUCGUGGCCCGAAAUCGCAGCGCCUGUACUUACCUCGCGUCCCACCUCCGGCAGCUGGGCUGCUCCCCAGACUUGCGGCAGCGACUGCGCUAUGCUCUGCGCCUGCUCAGGGACCGAAGCCCUGCUUAGGUUCCAACUCAGAGAGAGCGGGCUGUGAUCCAGAUCCUGGGCCUGGGCCUGAAAGGCUCCGGGCCUCGCCUUUGUGGCCCUUCCUGUCCCUUUGGUGCCUCACUGGGGGCUCCUGGCUGAAUCCCCCCAGGGAAUCAGGGACCAGCUUUACUGAUGGUCAGGGAUGGCCUGCCCUCCCUGCAUCUUACCCUUCUGAGAUAAGCCUGAGCCUUAGCUCCCAGCUAGGGGGCGUUAUUUAUGGACCACUUUUAUUUAUUAACAGACAUUUAUUUAUUGGGAUGUGAGCCCCAGGGGGGCCUCCUCCUGGGAUAAUAAACCGUUUUUUCAGAA